GUCGAUGAAAAGGCGGCCCGGCCCAUUCACCAGCCCCGGGUCCGUCUGCCGCUAUAAAGCGCUAGGGUUUUACUCCCCUCCUUCCCCACGCCGCCACUCCUCCCAACCCUAGCUGAGCGGAGGAGCAACAACGCAGGAAUGGGGAAGGGUACGGGCAGCUUCGGCAAGCGCCGGAACAAGACGCACACGCUCUGCAUCCGCUGCGGCCGCCGGAGCUUCCACCUCCAGAAGAGCACCUGCUCCUCCUGCGGCUACCCCGCCGCCCGCAUCCGCAAGUAUAACUGGAGUGUGAAGGCCAUCCGGCGCAAGACCACUGGAACCGGGAGGAUGAGGUACCUCCGACACGUGCCUCGCCGUUUCAAGAGCAACUUCAGAGAAGGUACCGAGGCUACCCCCAAGAAGGCUGCUGCUGCUUCCAACUAGGUCUUGAUGUUGCCAUCAAGAACCGCAGAAGCUAGAAAUUGGAACCUUUUUUGGCUGAGUUGUACAGUCCGAACUAUUUAGACUUACUAUGGAAGUAUUGGUUUGUCGUUCUUUAAAUUCAAGUCAGACGAACAUCUGAAUUUGUUGCUCCAUGGUUUAAUAUAUCUUUCUUGGUGAGCAGUGCAUGCAUUACAGAAA